UAUCCAGUAGAGUUACUAUACAGCAACGGUUCGCCUCGCAACGAGUAUCACAGGAGCUAAGGGCUCCUGCUUCCUUCACCGACGAUGUUCGGUCGGAUGGCGACCGAUACCGCAAAGAGGAGGAGGAAGGAGAGGACCUCUGGCCUAGUCGGGAAGCAGUGCUGGGACCUCCCUCUAUAGGAGCCUCGCCGGUAUCAUCAUCACAAUUACAGCAUCAACACCCUUUAGGCAAGCGAGCAGGCAGCAGCAGUAGCAGCAGUAGCAGCAAUCCUACAAGUACCCGUGGCACAGUGCGGCUGCUGACAGAUGUGAUGGCGGCUGUGGAAGGCAGUAGCGGCAGUAGCGGUAGCAGACAGCGGUUUCGUAGCAAACACGAUGGGGAGGAGGCAGACAAUGAGGAGCAGGGGGGCCAGCAACUGGUGCCGUACGUGGACGUAGCAUUACAGGCUCUGGGUCUCCCCCCUCGUUCCAACCGGCACGCUGCCUCCUCCUCCUCCCCCCUCGCCACCAGCAGCAGCGUUAGGCGCACGCAGGGUACUGCAGUGAGUGCCGCAGGAGGGACCACUGCCCCCGACCAGGGUGAGGAGGGCGGUUACUACAGUGCUGCUGGUGACGAUGUUGAUGAUGAUGAGGAUGGGGGAGGCAACGGAGAUGCUGCUGCUGCUGCUCGAGGAGGUGGUGCAGGAGGAGGGGCAGGUGCAGGUGGGGGUGGUGGCAGGGGUCGCGGCGCCCGGCGGGGUGCGCUGCGGGGUCUGCUGGAGCGGUACGAGGCGGUGUGGCGGGCGGCUCUGGACUUGGAGCUUCAGGAGGAGUGGGCGGCGAGUGAGGAACGGCUUCGCAGCUGGGGCCGCCCCCGCCUGGAGGCUGAGGGCUGCGCUCUGUUCGACCUGGUGGCCAGCCGGGAUCACGUGCUGUUCCGGGACGCCGUACUGCGGUUUGCCGUACCGGGGGGCAGGCAGCUGCCGUACCACUGCCUGGGGGGCGGCGACAUCGUGCUACUGUCCCCAAAUAACAGGCCCUCCGAGGCCUCCCUAGAGGGUGUCGUACUGGAUUUCAGCAGCCGCUGGAUCCGAGUGGCGCUACCCGAGGAGCGGGCGGCGGAGGUGCAGGGCGGCCACUGGCGUCUGGACCUGUACGCCAACACAGUGGCUCACGAGAGGGCUCGAGCCGCACUCAAACGCUACUGCCAGCUAGCCGCAGGACAGCAACCAGACAGCAACAGUAGCAGCCCUGGCAGCAGCACUAGCAGCAGCCCUGGCAGCCCUAGCAGUAAAGACAAGGACGAUGCAUCCUCCUCUUCCUCAAGGGACCUGCUACGAGCCCUGGCGGGACAUGUGCCCUCGGGCUCUGCCAACUCCAGCUCCUCCUCCUCCUCGUCUUCCUCCUCCUCCUCCUCACCCAGCCCCUCCCCCCUGGAGGCAGUUGCCGCCGUACCGCCCCCCUGGUUGCGAGGUACGGCGGGCAGGGAGCGGUUGACUGCAGCCAGGAGGCUGGUGCGGGCGGCGACGGCGGAGAAGGGCGGGAGAGAGAAGGGGGUGACGAGAGCGGUGGGGAAGGGGGCGGCAGCGGGAGUGAAGGGGGGAGCAGCGGCGGCAGGAGGGGCAGCGGAAGGGAAGGAGGAGGAGGAGGAGGAGGAGGGGAGGGAGGAGGGUACAGGGAGGAAUGGGAGGAAGCAGUAUGUUCUGAACGCCAGUCAGGCUCGAGCGGUGGAGGCGGCGCUAGGGAGGAGCCUCACGCUGUGGCAGGGGCCCCCCGGCACCGGCAAGACCGCCACCCUGCUGCACUUCAUUCGGGCCACCGCUCGCGGCGCCCUAGCGACCCACGGGUCAGUCGGCCCCCGCGUGCUGGCGACCGCCGCAUCCAAUGUGGCGGUUGACAACCUGGUUUCGGGGCUGCGGGCUCUGGAUCCAGAUCUGGAUGUUGUACGAGUGGGUCAACCGGUGAAGGUGGCUCCGGAGCUGCGGGGAGUGAGCCUGGAGGCCCGCAUCGCCGCCACCCCUGAGGGCCACCGAGCUGCCCGGCUGCGCAGGAAGGCUGCGGGGCUGAGGGGAGCCGAGGCCUGGAGCCUCAUACAACAGGCGCUGCAGCUGGAGGAGGGGGCGGCGCGGGACAUCCUGUCCCGAGCUGACGUGGUGGCAGCCACCUGCAUUGGAUGCGGGGAGCCCCGGAUGCAGUCCCUCCGCUUCCCCGUGGUGGUGCUGGAUGAGGCCACGCAGGCCACCGAGCCGCACACACUGGUACCGCUGGCGGGCGGGGAGGGGCAGGUGCAGCAGCUGGUGCUGGUGGGCGACCCGCGGCAGCUGCCCCCCACCGUGCGCAACGAGGAGGCGGGGCGGCUGGGGCUGCGGCUGCCGCUGUUUGAGAGGCUGCAGCUCCUGGGCCUCUCCCCCCUGCUGCUGGACACGCAAUACCGCAUGCACCCCGCCCUCGCCGCCUUCCCCUCCGCCGCCUUCUACGCCGGCAGACUGCGAUCCGCCCCCGCCCCUGCGGACAGACCGCUGCCGCCGGGGCUGACCUGGCCCAACCCGCGGGUUCCCGUCUGCUUCAUCCCGGUACGGCACGGCAGGGAGUCCCGUACGACUGCCGCCAACGACGCGGCCACUCCGGGCGGCGCAGCGGGGUUCUCCUACUUGAACGAGGCGGAGGCGGAGGUGGUGGUGGCGGUGGUGGCAGCCCUGCUGAGCGGGGGCGGCGGGGGCGGAGACGGAGGUGGUGAGGGCGGCACGGGCAUUGGUCCUGCUGACAUCGGCGUUAUAACGCCGUACAACGGCCAGGUGCGUCACCUGCAGCAGCUACUGAUGACCCGUGGGUCGGCAGCUGCAUCCCGCCUGCCCCGCCCCGGAAGGAGCAGCAGUAGCAGUGCUUCCGGAUCCAGAUCACGGCAGCUUGCCGCCCUGGCGCUGGAGGGGGUUUCGGAGCAGUUGGAGGUUAAGUCGGUUGACGGAUUCCAGGGCCGGGAGAAGGAGGUCAUCAUCUUCAGUGCCGUACGAUCCAACCCGGAGGGGCGGCUGGGUUUCGUGUCUGACCCCCGGCGCCUCAAUGUGGCCCUCACACGCGCUCGGCGGGGGCUGGUGGUGGUGGGUUGCCCA